UCUUUUGUGCUUUUAUAACAGUUGUUUAAUAAAAUCAAAAUAAUAUUUUCUCUUAAUCUAAGAUUUUGACCGUGAUAUUCUUAUUAAAAGUCCCGCAGUUUAGUUACUCCUUUUAUUUUUGGCUUUUAUCCUGAAUCUAAUAACUAGAUGGAAGAUGUUAAUUUUAACUCUGUAGUCUGUAUUGGCUUAUGUUUAUGCAGAACUGUUAAAGGGAACACAAAUUUGCAGUUCACAGUUUAGCGUAUUGCUGUUUAUUUAUGUAAAAUACUUGUAGUAUGUAAAACUUGUUAGGGUUAUGUACUACUUUAAUUAAGAGGUACAAAUACCAUGGUAUGCAGUAUUGAGGGAUCUGGCAACCAUUAGAUCAAGAUGCACUGUAGAAAAUUUGUAUUUGUAGUUAAAAUACGAAAAAAAAGCAGCCCCAAUACAAUUUUUCAGCUAACUGUUAAUAUACUAAGAACGAAGUUAUGAAGCAUACAAGCACAUUCUCAUUGUUAAUAACUCAUGUUUAGUAAGAAAGUGAAGGUUCCUAAAUGGCAUGUUACAAGCCCUGACUCAGAAACUAACUUUAAUGAAGUUAGUUUUAGAGUCAGGAAUGUGCCAAGGGUUAACAAAUAAAGCUCAAUCACUCAAUCGAUUUAUGCCAUAAAAGAGGGAGGUCGGAAAGCAGAAUCUCCAUAGUGCUGACGUGUGAAACUAGAAACACAAUAAUGAGUGAAGAGAGUAUUUUUUCAAUAAAUUGUUUAUUAAAAUUUUUCAUAGUUUUUACCUAUACCAUUUGGUUUAUUAAUAUUUUUGUUCUACUACUUUUAUAACCAAGCAAGCAGAAGAGCCUAGGGUUCCUACGUCUUUUGACCAUAAAGUUGAAAAUAAUUUUAAAAGAGAAUUUAGAUUUUUAAACGAUAGUGCCUUAUCUUAUCCUAUUGAAUACAUGAUAAAUGAUUUUUAUAAUAUGAUUACAUAAUUUGGAAGAUAUUGUGUAAAUAUCAUUGCAUUAGUCAUUUGUCAAGAUGAUGCCUUGUUUUAAUCACUGGACUGGAAUUAUACAAGGUUUACAAACAAAAGAGCGGGCUAUGAGUUAGGUCGAGCGAUAAAAAUGGAUGUGGUACAAGAAGGUCGGUAUGAGCAAAGCGAUACUUUACCGGGAAGCAGUGCCGACAGUGAUGCUUCAAGCAGCCUGUUUGAAAGCAAUGACAGCGAAGACUUGGAUAAAACCUCCGACGACGAAGACUUAAGAGAAGAUCUGCAAAAAACCAUCCCACAAUGCUACAAAUCCGACUCCAACUUUUCAUCACAAACGCCUAGUGAUUUCAAUGAUGAUGAAUUUCAAGCCUCGGCUCUUUGUCAGUUCAUGGAUAUCUUAAACGAUUUAGAUGAAGUCCUUGAUAAGUCCCUAUUGGCUUGUCUUGACGACAGCACGAAAAGCUUAGACAGCGAUGAAGAAGAUCUCAUUUGUAAGAUCAAAGAAUGCAUAAGAACAGAAGAGGUUUCAGAAAAUUCAGAUGCAAUGAGCUCCAUAGAUGACAAUACUCAAGUACAAUCCUCUGCGCCGCCUAUCGAUGAAAUCAAUAUUCCUAAUACGACAUACGAAAGAAUGAAUCUCACUAAUUUAGGUCGUUCAAAGAGUUUUACCGAUUUAUCUGAUAUUAACAGACAAGCAAUGGUUUCGUCACUAGAACGGGCGGGAACCACUAACGAUAGUAUACGCAACUCUAUGAGAAGGCUAGAUCCGAUUGUCCUUCCGGCGAUUUCGACAGAAGUUUGUGAACCCCUGACGUUGCCCGUCAUUUUGUUUUUGGAGCAUCACGUGAACUUGCGGCCGACGAGUGCACCAAUACAGUUACAAGUGACAGCCGCAAAUUUGAGUACCGAUGGCAGUUCGGGACCGCUGAUAGUAGGUCGGCGAGCGUUGCUUAUGAAUCGUACUUUAUCAUUGCCGUCACCUGGAGAGAGUGACGUCACUACUGGAGACUGGACUGGCCGGAACACCGCCCGAAGUACGGCUAGAAGCCUCAGCGGGUCAAGCUCGUCAUCGGAGUCUUUAGACGCGAUCCCAGCCGCCAACAAUAACACAAGCGCCACAGAAGAGAGAAAUGACGAGACUGAAGAGCCUCCUUUUGGAGUGUGGCCCCACCGAAUGAGUGCAAUGCUAGCGUGCCUGAGUUGUACUGUAGGAAUAUUUAACAUUUCGCGGUUCGCCAUAUUUAGUGUUCAUUUUGGAGCAAGUUUCAUAAUACAGUUUUUUAUACUGUCGUUUUUGAUCGGAAUACCAUUAUUCACCCUUUAUCUAUGUUUGGGCCAAGUAUUGGAGGCUGGGCCAGUGAAUAUGUGGCGGAUAUCCCCAAUAUUCCAAGGCGUUGGCGUAUCUUUGCUCAUCACGCAAGCCGUAAUCGGCAUGUACAGUAUAAUAGGAGUUUCAUGGAUACUCGUUUACUUCAGAGAUUCUUUUAUUACGUCUGAUGAUCGGUACAAAUGGGCAUUACCUCAUGAAUUCGGAUUUGAAGGCGCGGCAUUGAAAAAUGCGACAGUGAAACUACAAGAAACCUUGCCUCAAUAUUUCAACGGUGAGGUGCUGCAAAGGAAUUUCGCAUCCAAUUCGUAUUUCGGCUCGAUAAAGUUUCAAAUCGCAUUCAAUUUGGUGGUAAUAUGGAUGAUCGUGUUUGUCGCGCUUAGUAAAGGAUUAAGAUCUUAUGGCAAGGCGGUGUACAUGCUGAUAUUUCUGCCCAUAUGCGGUGUACUAGUGUUAUGCAUCAAGUUACUUACUCUCAUUCCAUAUGAUUCCGUUACGAAUAUAUUCUCGGAGACAGAAUGGGGAGAAUUCUUCAUUAAUAGCAAUAGCUGGGCAGCGGCGGCACAAGAGAUCUUCCUGACUUGGGGUCUGCUCGGGGCGUGUAUAAUGCAACUCACCUCGCACAAAAACACCAAGAGCAGAACUACAGCGAUGCUUCAGAAGGAGAGCGCUUGUAUUAUAGCUUUCACUUUCGCCGUUCUGCUUCUCGCUUCGUUUUUGGCCAAUACGUGCGUACAGAUAUUGAAGAACAACGGAUAUGCGUACACGCCCGGCAGCUUUGAAACAGUGAAAUCUUCACAAUUUCUAUGGCCGACGUCGGAGCCUAUGCCGGGCAACAUCGCCUCCACUCCUGUCCGUUAUAUGGGACACUACGGGAGUCUCGUCGGCGUGACAGUGUGGCGGACUGGCAACGUUGCGAGGACACUCAGCGGGUGGCAACCCUUGCAACUGGCAACACAGAUCGUGCCGGCCACGCUCGCGGUGUUGCCAGCUAACUUGCUAUCCCCAGCCUGGGCGGUGAUAUUCUACUUCAUCCUGAUAAUGUUCGGAAUCGCACAACAACUGGCGAUAUGGCAUUGCGUGAUCACGGGCCUUAUUUCCUUUAACGUGAAGGUUCUCAAGGUCUGGGAGACCACGAUUACGCUGCUCAGCUGCGUCUUCGGGUUAGGAGUCGGCCUGCUCCUUAGUACUGAUGCGGGCAUAAAGCUGGUGCAUUUCGUGGACGUGGUGUGGACGGGGUCGUGGUGGCAGUGCGUGGUGUGGACGGCGCUGAGCGUGGCGGUGUUCGCGGUGCGCGGCCGCCCGUACUCGCCCGACGCGGUGGCGGGCGCGCUGCUCUCGGGCCGCCGCCGGCUGUCGGCCGCCGCGGCCGCCGUAUUGAGCUUCGCUUGGACUGUGGUGCUGCCGGUCUUGUUGUGUGCUAUCUGUGUGAUGGACUUCCGCAUCGGUCAACAACGACAGUUCUAUAGCUGGCGGAAACCAGUCGGAUACUGGCCAGUAUGGUGUCGUCAAGUUGCCGUAUUGAUGCAGCAAGGAGUUUUACUCAUUAUUCCCAUUGUCGCCUUUAUUCAAACAUGGCGGUACAUGAACAAAGGACCGCCCGAUAUACUAGAUCGUAUCCAGAACCUAUACCGGCCCCGCAUGGGCAUAGAGAGCGAGCUGCCCCCCCCGGCCGCGCCCCCCUCCGCCCCCGCGGGCCCCCCCUUGCCCGCGCGCGCCGACCCGCCGCCCAAGUACACGCCGCCGCCGAGCUACUCCACCGCCACGGGCGCGCGCCUGCUGCACACGCUCAGGAGGAGCUUCCGCACGCUCAGGAGAAUAACAUCAACCCGUACGGAGACCCAACCAUCAACAUCGCAAAUACCCAUCACACUGAGCGAGACUGUGGACCGCGAGCUCCCCCCGCCACUGGACUCGCAGCCCCCCCACUACAGCGGCGUGUUCGCGGCCCCCUCCAUCACGAUCACAGACGAAACCGACUCCCGAACGCGACCGACCUCAUCUACAUCGCGGAACUCAUUAUCCUUAACUAGGGAUUACUUACGACGCUCGUUCGUAAGGAAAAGCGAUUCGGCAAAGAGCAUACGUUCAAGUUUACGAAGAAGCUUUAAAUACGGUGGUGCCUUAACGACCAGCAAUGAGAAUUUGGUUCGCAGCGCUGAACCCAUGUCCAGCACGGUAGCUAUGGCCGCCAUGGUCGAAAGCAGAGCUUCUGUGAUAUGAUUUAGCCUUAGGCACCUUAAUAGUUGUAGUUACCAACCGUCUUACAAUUUGUUUGUAUAUAUACAUAUAUGAACAAUUAUAUGAAAAGUAUUGAAUUUAUUUUAACGCAGGUCGUGGAAACAUUCCAAAAAACUAUGAUAAACGCUGCACUUUACGUCAUUAACGAACACGUAAUGACGUGUAAAGAUUUUACUACAAAUACAGCACUUUAUUUUCUUAUUUUUCAAUCACACUUAACAGCGGAAUAAAAACAUCUCAUCCCAGUAAUAUAGAUUUUAGAUUUUUAAAUUAACAAAGCAAUAUUUAU